CCAUCGCGCUGGGGAAAUGGGAGUUGGGUUGCUGCGCCGCGCUUAGUAACCGAGGCGUCAGAGAGCCUCACCUCAGCCUCACACCGGAUUAGUGACGUGAACCAGACCGGGCUCGCAUGCACCGCAAUGGGCUUCGCAGGUCACUUGUCAAGGAUGGUAAUAUCCUGGCAGUUUCUGCUCCUUUCUGAGAUGGCACUAGUCAAAGGUGACAGCGGGAAUUGCUCCUGUUCGUCAGCAUCAGACUUCGAGACAUAUGACUUCAUUAUGAAUUCUCAGAUCUGCUGUCUAAAUUUCUCCGGAUCUACUGUCGGCACCCUCCGAUGGAGCAACUUUUCAGGCAUGUCUAAGCUAAAAAUUCUUGACCUUUCAUCGAGUUCAAUUGAGGAAAUAAUACACAGUGAUGAUGGCAGCAUCUCGCUGGAGGUUAUCUACUUGGAGCGGAAUCUUUUAAAGUUUCUUCCAGAGACUUUCUUGGCCAAUGCACCAAAUCUGAGAGUCCUGCACCUAGAGGAAAACAAGCUGCAAAAACUGCCAGACAUAUUUCUUCGAGAAUCCAACCAGCUUGAAGAACUGUAUCUGGAUUUCAACCAUUUGUCUAAUCUUCCUCCAGGAUUUGUGAAACCAAGCCUAAAGAGAUUAGUACUUUCUAACAACACCUGGGAAUGUUCCUGCUCAUUAUAUGAUGAGCUUCAGAACUACCGUAACCUGCCCAAAGCUGGAAAUGGAGGAUAUGAACUUGGCUUAAAAUGUUCCACCCCAAAACAUUACAUAGGAAAAAGUCUGGAGUCCAUGCAGAGGUCUGAGCUGUGUAGGUCACAUGGAUUAACAGCUCUCUUUAUUCUGUUGCCACUUUGUUUUGUUCUUAUGAUUAUGCUUUGUUGGUGUUGUGGAAGGAGGAAAAAAAGCAAGGAAGCCAGCUUUGAUCUGGCAAAACCAGAAACGCAGCUGGCAACAGUGGACAGGAAUGGAACAAAAGGGUUUUUGGACCGGCAGCACCAUUAUGUUCCCUGUGAGGUGGCACUGCCCAAUGAUGGUGAGAAAAACAUUCUUCUGAAAAACCAGCUAAUGCUGAGACCUUCGGCUGCUUUACUAGGUAGUAGUCGUGACCUUUACGAGGAAGUAGAAAUCAAACUCGGUGCCUCCUUGGAUUCUCUGGCCCAUCCAGAGGAUUCCUGUCCAGCCUCACCAGAUCUCUGUGUUGAGGAAGGAGACAAGUUUAUGGAAGAAAACAAACCUGAUGUUGAAGUGGUGAGUGUCACUGAAGUUCUGAGAGAUUCAGCAGACAGAGAAAAACUUUAUCUCGCCCAGUCGACGGAUUAUUAUAACCUUGUUCCUGGUAUUGAUCUCGAAGACUCUGAUCAUUGUGAAUAUGAAAAUGUGGACCUGUCCUGAAAACGCUUUUUGAUAGACUUGCUGAAAGGUCACUCAUCACUGAUGAUAGAAAGGAAUCAGACUACAGAGCAACAGGGAAAUGGUGCUGCUUUCUAUAUUUUCCCCAUGCAACACGUGGCAGAAAGUGCUUGUCCUUAUAAAAAAAAAAACGCAAUCAGACGUUACAACAGAAACCCAAGAGAUAUUUUGACAGCUAACUACAAAUUUAUUCUGUGUAUGUAUGUGCACAAAAUAACAAAUCCCGUAAGACUUUCUGGCCUUGUGCAUGAAGACAUUUUCAGCACGGACUGUGGAGCAACACAAGAUAAGCACAUCCUAAAAAUUCAGUACCAUAAACAAAUUGGAAUGGAAUGUGACAUUAACAUUUGCUUGACUGAAAGCCAGAAGCACUGCAGUUUUAGUUUUGAUGGUGUUUGCAUUAAGAAAUACUUGUUUUCUUGCAAAACCAGUUACUCUUCCUAAACUUGUACUGUAGGUGAUAUUUAUUGCUACAUUUUCACUUACUGUGUACUUUGUAGCCUACAGAAGAACCUUACAAAGUUCUCAACCAAUGACAAACCUUAAUGGUAAGGUGAUAGUUGUAGCCAUUGUGCAUAAAGUGCCUAUUGAUUUUAUAAACGACAGUACAUUGGAGCUAACGCCAGUAUUUCAUGAAGCUGGUUCACGCUCCAGUACUGCAAUAACAAAAAAUGUAUCUGAGUCAUAAUGUGGUCACAGUCAUGAGACAAGCCUGAGGAGCCACGAGAGACUAAAAUACAGGAUUCCGAGGGAUUGGCAGUUUAUUACUGCAGGGCCAGGAGAAUAGAUGGGGUUGUCACUGCACACUUGGUUUUCUGUCCUCUGUUCUGACUCUUGACUGCCUUCUAAGCUACCUGUCUGAGGUGUGCAUCAAAAAUGUGCUCGCUGGACAAUGAUCUAGGGGUAACCUUCUGAGUCUGAGCCAGCUCCCUCGUCCAGGCUGAAGUUCUGGGAAAAGUGUAACCUCAUAUUGUGGAGUCUGAGCAGAAGAUGUGGCACAAACUGUGACAGAAGGCAGUGGCCGACAUACUACAAUAUAAAAUAGUCACCUACCUUUUCUCCCUUCCCACAAGACGGCCCAUCUUUGAUUUGCAUUAUGAAGCAGGAGCUAAACCGAGAGAACCUAACAGAA